AUGGACCAAGCGGCCACAGCGCUGGGCAUAUCAAGGUCUCGUGGGGUCGUUUACAUUAACCAGAAGCUUGAUGUUCUCAGCGCCAUGUCGAAUACGUUUGUGGUGAUGCCCUCGGAGCAUGAGGUCAAUGCCAUUGAAGAUGGAGUUUUCGCGAUCGCCGGCUUUCCUGGGACUAUUGAUGCCGUGAAUGGUACGCUCAUCAGGAUUGCGCGCCGCCACGAUUUUGAAGGGUGGUAUUGCCGCAAGAACUAUCCUGCAUUCAAUGUGCAAGCUAUCGUCGGCCAUUGCGGUCUCUUUCGGUCAAUAUCGAUCCGCUCAGGGUCGAAUAACGGCCAGUAG